AUGGUCAAACUUGACCUCGAAAAAGCCUAUGACAGGGUAGACUGGGGUUUUCUCAAGCUGGUUCUGAGAGCUUUUGGUUUCAGCGACAAAUGGGUAUCCCUUUUGGAAAAAUGCUGGAGUAAUUGCUGGUUUUCGAUCCUUGUGAACGUGGAAGCUUUCUCUAGAAAUUUCAGGAACCUCAUGGUGAGAGGGUGGAGUCACCCUUAUGCGAUUGGUAGAGGUCGGCCAAUUGCCACGCACAUGCUAUUCACCGACGAUACCCUGCUUUUCCUGAAUGGCAGCAAGUCUUCGUUGCAGGCAGUGAAGACGUUCCUGGAUGUGUUCCAAGAGGCCUCUGGGCAGAGGAUUAACUUUAUCAAGAGCUGUUUUAUCUACUCGGGGAAGCUCUCCGCCACUAGAAUUAGAAGUAUCAAGUGUAUUCUUGGGAUUGUUAAGUUGAGAGCGGGUCUACGUUACUUGGGCGUCCCCCUAGCCUCAGGUAAGGUGAAAUGCUCAGAUUUCCAAUUCCUCUUGGACAAGGUCCAAAGCAAGCAUUCCAUUGCAUGUUAUAUCGACUGCGGUGGUCCCGCUCAAGGUCACUUCCAGCUUGGAACAACACUUUGCAAGGUUCUUUUGGGCUGGGCUGAUGGAAAGAGUAAGCUCCACUGGAUAUCCUGGAAAAAGAUCUCAAGGCCCUUUGAAGGAGGUGGUUUGGGGAUCAGGAAACUAGCUGAAUUCUUGAAUGCUUUGAGGAUGAAACUAGAGUGGGAGGUGAAAUUCAGCGAGUUUAGUGGACUAUGGGCAGUUCUCAUGAGAGCCAAGCAUGGGGUGGAUCUGGAUUCUAGUUCUGCGUUGUCCUCAGCUAGAGGCGGCUCUCCUUUAUGGAGAAAAAUCAGGGAGCAGAUGGCCCUACUUGAGGGAAGCGUCCAAUGGCAGGUGGGUCACGGAGCUAGAAAUCUUUGGGAUGUUAAUUGGACUGGGCUAGGCCCCCUUGUGAGCUUGGUUUCCUCCCUGAUCCUAAGCGAGCUCCUCUCUUUACAGAUCAAGGACUUUCUCAGGCCCUUGGGGCCUUUCCCGACCUCGGCAGUGUUCUCCCUCCUUCCACAUGGUGUUGUGGAUUUCAUUUUCCAGGAAGGCUUCGCCACGUCAGAUGAAAAUGAUUCCUGUUUUUGGCCUCUGGAUCGUUCAGGUAAGUUUACUAUUAAAUCUGCCUGGAAGAUGAGUAGGCCUGUUUAUAGCCUUCCCGGUUGGUCAUAA